AAAAAAAAAAUGAAAUGUGCACUAUGCUGUGUAUGUCGCAAAAAUGGCGAUUGAUAAAUUUCUGUUCAUUGUUUGAAAGUGCAAUCUUCAGUCUAAUUAUAUUUGAAAAGGUUAAAUAUUUAUUGGUUGUGUAAUCGUGAAUAAACCCUAGAAUGGCGGAUGCAAUUGUGGACAGUAGAACGGGGGACCGGUUCUAUUGCCACAGGUGUAAUAUCGAGUUUGAAGACGUUUUGCAGGACUACACAUGUCCAUAUUGUGCUAGUGGCUUUAUCGAACAGUUGGAGGGUCAAGCAGAUACACAAUUGGGUGCCGGGCAAGCAUUCCACGAUGCGGGAAUGAGUCCACUGGACGCGUUGACGAAUAGGGUAGAUACAGCAUUCUUGGAAUCGUUUUCUGACCAGGCUAUGUUUCCGUUAAAUAAUAUUCCGCCAGUUUUAAGAGACAUCGCUUUUCUAAUGUCUGGUGGUCGACUAAGCAGAUCUGGAGGUGGUCGUCAAGGGGUAGCAGCACCACCGUUGGUGCUGGUAGGUGCUCCAGGCGACUAUGUUUUUGGCGGUGAAGCUUUGGAUGCAGUAGUAACACAAUUACUCGGUCAGCUGGAACACUCUGGGCCUCCGCCGAUGCCGCGCGACAUAUUGAACUCGAUCCCCAAUGAAACGGUCACAGAGCAACAGGCUGAAGCAAAUAUAUCUUGUUCGGUUUGCUGGGAAAACUUUCAACUAGGCGAGACGAUAUCGCGGCUGGAGUGCGAGCACAUAUUCCACUCGUCGUGCAUCACGCCGUGGCUGCAGCUGCACGCCACGUGCCCCAUCUGCCGCCGCUCGCUGCUGCCGCGCGACGAGCCGCACGCCGCCAGCGACGCCAGCGGCGCCGCCGCGCCCGCCGCCAACGGCGACACCCGCCCGCGCCCGACCCUCACACCGCGGGUUGUCAUACGUCGUUCAACGCACCCGCUGUUCAGAAGGGGGUUCCAAACUCAUACAUGGGACUCGCCCCAGGAUAUGAGCACAUCCUCGGACUCGUCCACGUCAGUGACCACAGGUGGCAUGUGGGCCCCAAGCACUAGGACCGACUCGGGGUCCAACUCCAGCACCUCGGUCAACGACAGAACACAAAACUAUCAUACGGACUUUGACUGUGAUUAAAUGUGACAGUGGCGGGCUGGGUGCUGCUUGAAUAAAUUGUUGAAAAUGAAAUGCUUUAAUUUAUUUGUUCAUAUAUAAUUAUUUUAUUGUGCAAUUUUCAUAAAACGCACAUUACGCUGAAAUCUAUGGAACUCUUCGAACGGCAUCCAGCCAGACAGUGAAAGUGUAGUGAAAUAGUGUUAUUUAAUCAUAGUGAAUGGAUAUGGAGAUUGAAGUGUGCCUUUCAUAACAUAAGUUAUAUAGAAAUUAUUUAUGGCCAUUCAGUUCGAUUAAAAUUAUAAUGGAAUGUUUAUUUGCUCUAUUGAAAAUUUAUUUGUACAGCGUGGGUUAUGAAAAGACGAUAGCAUUUACAUUUCACCUAGGAUGCCUAAGAAGCCUAAAUGAUUUAACAACUGCAUGUUUUUGCUGUAUACUAAAUGAUAGUAAUUUUUAUGUGGUUAUGAUAUUACAUUUUCCAACUCACACAUAUAUUAUAUGUGUUUAGCAAAUUAAGAUGGAGUCUAGAAUGAUGUUAAUUUCCAGUGCAUAUUUAUUUUGUUUUUAUAAAUAAAAACGUCUGUAAAAUCAUAACAUUUAGUUGUAUUCACAUCUAUAAUAUAAAUUUUACUUAGGUAAAUUAUCACUCAAUCACACAAUUUCCUUUCUUUGAUAUUAUAAUUCUUGGAUUUAAAUUGGAGAUUGACAAAGACGGUUUGUUUGUGCAGAAAGCCAUAGAAUAGUUUAUACUCCCAAAUAAUGUUAUAAAAUCUUUCAUUGUAGCUUCAUCAUUAUUAUUAUUUUAGCAGGAUUCAUCUUCAUCUUUCCAUUUUGACUUUAAAAUGUUCUAUUAAGAAGUUAUUCUUCGCAUUUUUUGUAUAUAUCGUUUUCGCAUGAUAUUAUUCCUUUAGAAAUGUAAAUAUGUAAUGUGUAAGCAAUGUUGCUAGAUCCAGGAACAUCAGCAUUAUUAAAUGUUAAAUAAAUGUUUUUGUUUUUUAUUUUAUGUUUUGUUCAUACAAGUUUGUAGAUUCAUACAAGAUUGUAGCUUCUCCAAAACAUUCUUACUGCUCAAAAAUACUUUCUUAAUGAGUGAAAUGGAUUUUAAGUAUGAAAGUGUUUAAGCAAUCUGUCUCGUUACAAAAAAGGAUGUUUCUGGACUUAGAAAAAGACGGGUAUAUGGAAACGUGAACACCUAAUCUAAGCUAUUAAAAAGAAUAAAAAUAUACCUAUUUGAUACGUUUUCUUAGUGUUACGUGCUUUAUCGAUUUGAUUCUUUUAUUUAUAAUUAAUUUUGAGUAAUUAUCUAUUCUAUAUAGUUGCUCAAAUGUACAAAUCAUUAUAAUUUAAUCACAUUUAUCGUGUGAAUGUAUAGUAGAAAUUAAACGGUCAUAAAAACACCUUAAGCCAUCCAUAUUUAUAGCAUAUUUUAUCCAAUUUAUUCAAUCUUGUAAUGAAAGCUGAGUGAAAAGGACAAAGUGUUGAAUGCGUAUUGGCCUGUAUGAAAGUUUAUGGUAAAGAUAGUAAAUUUAUCUUAAUUAAAUCUAGGAAUAUAUUCGACGAAUACGAAGUGAAAUGUAAAUAAAAUAAUGUAAAAAUCAAAUAAGUUAUUAUAGUUAAUUCAAGCACUUUCGUUUAAAUGUCAUUCGGCUCGAAAUUGCAAUCGUUAUGCACAACAUUAUUAUAGAACUUCUAAAGUUAUAUUUGAUCAUUCUAGUAAAACGAUUUCUACAUGUAAUCCAAGUUGAAAACCCUUAUCUGCUAUUAUCCAACUAACAAAAAUUGUUUCAUGAGUAUGUGUAUAUGGAUAAGAUAAUAUAAUGAAAUGCAUAAUCUGUAAUGAAAAAAUACUCGCUAUUUAGGUGCCAUUGUGCG